UGUGACUGUUAGUUGUGAUACAGUAGAUUUUAUGCGUAUUAUGAUCUGAUGUGCUAAAUUGAAUCGAUUUUAGUGACAGUCUGACUUUUGCAGAUAAGGAAAAGAAAAUUAGCUAAACACAGCAUUAGCAGCCCUUGCUUAGGGCAGAGUUACUCAAAGCACAACCCUCUUUGUAAGGGUACAGACUUUAAACUUUGUCAGUUUCAUUCAUACUUUCCCCAUGCUUUUACAUCUGCUUGAGCAGUGUGAAAAGAUAUUGUGGUUAUUUGAUUUCUUCAACUGUUUCUAAUUUCCCUGUAACUAAAUUAACAAUAGUGGGCCUACGAAAGCAGAAUGGUUUGUACACUACUGAGAAUAGUGUCUGUUGUGGAAAGUGGGAUGAUGUGUGCGUUGUUUGUUCCUUCAAGCAAAAAUUCCACAAGCAAAACAAUCAACUCCUCACAGUUCUUUCUGCUGUGUUUAUUGGAUGAACAAAUCUUAUAAAUGAAAGGUUUUUAAGUAUUUGUAGAGCUUUGAGGUCUGUUUGGGUGGCCCUUCUUAGACAUUUGUGCCAGUUCUACUUUCUGGUUGAAGACGACAGAACUGCCUAAGAAUCUAGAUUACGAUAAUAUUUUUUUAACACAGUAGUGGAAACAGGUGAAAAGAAUAUGAUCUUUUUGUCUUUUGAGAAGUUCUGAUCGGGGUCUGAUCACAGUAUAUGCUAUUCUCCCCGUACCUAUUCUGUGAUGUGAUAUUUACAUGGAACUGAUACCCAGAAACCCACUGUAAGCCUAUUUUCCCUGCUUGUGGGAUGCUGGUACUUUAUGUUGAAUUGUGGAUGUAUGUUUAUUCUGGUGCUGGCAGAGGAUUUUCACAUCUGUCAUGUCAAGGGUGUUUGCUGUUAGUACUUCUGACAGUUAAAGUAGCGGGGUGUGUUUAUAAGGCUAUUCUCUAUUAAACACAGCACAUUUAUAAAUGCUCAUUGAAUUGGAGUUUGGUUAUAUAAUCCCUUGGACUUGAUGUCAGUGGGAAAAUCCAAAUUUUUUUCCAUCAGUGCUGAUUUUUUUACUGUAAAUCAAGAGAAUGGCACAGUAUUGUCCUUUUGUGCUAGCCUGUGUCUACUUAUGUACUUUAAGUAUAAGCAAAAGCAAGAACUCAGUCCUCUUUUCAUGGAAGAAUUAGGACCACCCUGGCAAAAUAGCUAUGUCUUGUGCUGUCUUGUGGCCUUCUCCAGGUCUUUGUAGCAUCCUGUGGCUGGGAACAGAGCUUUAGCAGGGGCAGGGGUGGUUACCAAUACUUCCAUUCCAACCUACUGGCUGGUGAAAGCUGGGUUAUAUCCAUCUGCUGUUGCUCUGGGUAGCAAAUUGCCAGAUGAUAGGACUGUUCCUGUUUUAAGCCCAAAAAGUGUUAAGUGCUGCAUGUGGCUUUGCAGGGACAGCUGUUGCAUGGAAUGCUUUUUAAAUUUAAAUGAGGACUGCUUAUAAUGUGAGUGUCUUCAGCAAGAGUGCUUCAGUCCCUGGUGAGCUGACCUUAGUGUUCAUUCUUUUGAGCAGGUGAUUUCAUGGUGGAUGUGUACGUCUUGCAUUCUGGAAACAACCGUGUGCAUAUACAGGAAAUAAGGCAGUUGUCGCAAAAAAACAGGACACCGGUGAAAUUUGAGCCAGUACUGCUGUCUUCAUCAUCAACGAACUUUACAAAAGUUGCUUCUAUUUCUUGUAAAGCUGCGUUCUGUGAUGAUGCAAGACCUUACUCUAAUGACAAGAGGAACAGCAUAGUGGAGGGCGCUACAGCACUACAAGCCUGCCUUUCCUGUCCUGUGAUGGAAGGGUAUUUUGAUAUCGAUCCUUCUGCAACAAUGUUUCAUAUUGAACCACACCAUAAUAUUUCAGGAUUUUGGUCCGUAUGGUUUACAAACAACUUUGAAUUCAGCAUUGAACUGAAUGACGUCUACAUAUCUGGAGAAACAAAGAACAUCUUAAAGAUUCUGAACUUUGCUGAGCCUUUGACCCUAUCUCCAGGCUGUUGGAAUGUAUUUUCUUUGAAACUUGAUGUGAAAAACAAUGUAACAAAUGUGCUUUCUAGUAUUUGUUUGGCCACCAGUGUGGGAGUGGUGAUUGAAAUACCUCUGCAGAUAUUUUCAACUGUGUCCAAGCAGGCAGACCUUCAUUUUGAAGCCAUUGCCCAUUGUGAUAUUCAGUGUUACCUAGGAAAGUCUGAUUCAGCAAAUCUGCUUUGGCAGAGGAGUCUCUCUCUGGAUCGUUCAGCCUGGGAUGUGGAUUCUGAGCUGGCAAGUGAGCUUUAUGAAAGAUGGCAAAAAAUAAGAUGCGGGGAAGCCUGCAGCAGGAGAAGCAUUCCAGGAUCAACUCGCUUGAUUCACCAGAAGCAGCCUGAAGAGGAGGUGUCGUUUGCCUUUUUCUUGCCGCGGUUGACUGCAGAGCCCAGCCUUACGCUCAGCUUCAAUGCCACAGCAGUUAAAAGUAGCGUGGUAAAGUAUUUCAUACUGAGAAAUCCUUCAUCCUUUCCAGUUGCACUGCAGCUUCUGCCACUCUCUUACUACCCUGAUCCCCAAGCUUCACUGAGUCUGCUCAGCAAAUGGUUUGGCAUAAAUAUUCAAGCUAUUAAUUUCACCACUACUGAGUUCAAGCUCAUGGAUGAAUAUUCUCACAGGAACGUACACCAAGAGGAUCUCAUCAGCAAGAAACACAGUUCUGAGCUGCUUCAGUUAAAUUUACAACCACUGGAAACCAGAAAAGUUGGUGUAAUUUUUACACCAGUUGACUACAAAAGAGUGGCAUCCAUUAUUUUGAUCAGAAACAACUUGACUGUUCUGGAUGUGGUCAAUGUAGAAGGCUAUGGAGCCAGGGAAUUACUUAAAGUAGGGGGAAGACUGCCAGGUGCAGGAGGAUCUCUUAGAUUCAAGGUUCCAGAAGCUACGCUGAUGGACUGCAGACGACAACUGAAAGACAGCAAGCAAAUUCUGUCCAUCACGAAGAACUUCAAAGUAGAGAAUAUUGGGCCUCUUCCCAUAACAAUUUCAUCAAUGAAAAUCAAUGGUUACAGUUGCCAAGGAUAUGGAUUUGAGGUGUUAGACUGUCAGGAAUUUUUUCUGGCUCAGAACUCAUCACGGGAGAUCAGCAUCGUAUUCACUCCAGAUUUUACGUCUUCGUGGGUAAUCCGGGAGCUUACACUGGUGACUGCUGCUGAUCUAGAGUUUCACUUCACACUUAAUGUGACUCUUCCUCACCAUUUGUUACCUCUCUGCGCAGACGUGGUGCCAGGACCCAGCUGGGAGGAGUCUUUCUGGAGGCUCACUGUCCUCUUUGUAAGCUUGUCCCUACUAGGUGUGAUUCUGAUAGCCUUCCAGCAAGCUCAGUAUAUUUUAACAGAGUUCAUGAAAUCAAGACAGAGACCAAAUCCUAGUUCUUCAUUGCAGCAGAACGACAACUCUGUUGAUGUCAUCAGCUCUGAUUCUUACAAGGGCAGCUGUAAGACAUUCAUGGAUUCCUAUAGUUCCUCAGAUAAAGGUAAAGGGAAGGGCUUCCUGUCUGUAGGCACUACUUCUAGCAGAAGUCAAAAUGCUGCAAAGAGAAGUCCUGCAACCUACAGCCACUCUCAGAAGAAACACAAAUGUUCAGUUUACUACAGUAAGCAAAAACCAAAUGCAGCAGCUGGCAGUGCCGUUGCAACUACUGAUGAGAAACAAAAUCAGAUUGUGGAGAACCAAAUCUCAGCACCAAAAGAGGACAUUUGCGCUGAUGUUGUCAGUGAGAACUGGGUAACUCUAAAAUAUGCAAAUGGCAUAAAUGUUAACAAGAAUUUAACUCUUCCAGAAAACUUUCUGGGUAAAGAAGAAAGUGCACUGAACAAUGCAGUUCUCAUUAAAAGUAGCUCUUCAGAAUGCAAUCUGAAGGAAGAUCUUCAAACAUUUAUGUUUCCUAAGGAAACUAACCUUAAAGCUUCUGAAAAUCUAGCUGAGCUCAAGGAACAGGAGUUCUGUCCUGUGAAGAUGUCUAAGAAGCUACCUGAAAGUCACUUGUCAAGAAGUUCACCUCAGCAACAGCCAGAACUGCAAGAAAUUUCUAGGAAGAAUAGUGGGAAUAACCAGCAAGUGCUUCUCAGGAAUGAAACAGAAAACUGUGAGACCUUAAAAAAGCAGAUCAACAUAAAGCCUUCCACUGAGAAAAAGAUAUUAAAAGGGCGUAAAGAAGAGGAGAUUGCUUCUUUUGAGCAAGAAGAUGCAUUUAGGAAGAAGAAACCUCAAGAGAAAAAGGAAGGAAAUGUACCAAAUACGAAUUGGAAUAGAAACAGAUCAUCUCGGAAAAAUAAGAAAAAGAAUGUUAACAUACAUACAAGGGUCCCCGAGCAGAGUGAGUUGAAGCAUCUGUGCAGUGAAUAUGAAAGACUGGACCUGAGAGCGAAUAUUGGAAUAAGAGCUUGGUGUCCUCAGGGUGAUGGGGAAAAUUGUAAAGCAGACCAAAAACCUGGGAGCUUGUCCGUACAGGGAGAAACAGAAAGGUUUUAUCAACGGUCCAAAAAGAAGUGUUUGGAGAAGUUUUGUUCUGAUUCAAGCUCAGACUGUGGAAGUUCGUCAGGAAGUGUUCGUGCCAGUCGUGGGAGCUGGGGUAGCUGGAGCAGUACCAGCAGUUCUGAUGGAGAUAAAAAGCCCAUGAUUACUGCCAGGCAUUUUCUUCCAUCCCGGGAGAAUAUUUCACAAAACGAUUUUCCAUCUGAAACUCCUAUCACUUUAAAUCUGUCUCAUAACAUCUGCAAUACCAGCAGAGACUUGAAUAACAUUCCUCAGUAUCCUGAUACCUUGUGUCCCAAUUUCACUGAUAUAGCUGCAGAUCCUGAAAAGAAUAAAGGUCUUUAUCCAGGAGGAGACUUGUGGCCUCCCCAGCCCAUCUGCCUGACAAACUACAAUCUUGAGAAUAAUCUGCCAUGCAUGAUCCAGGAAACACCCUCAAUCCACAACAGCUUCAUUGACUGGAAUGCAACUUGUGACAGCCAGUUUUCCAACAUGUAUUGUCCAUUAGAGAUGAAUGAAUAUGGUGCUAUUCCAGAAGAAAAUAUGAACUACUCCAGCGGCUUCCUGGGCACAGCUGCGAUGCAGAACACAGCCUUCAUUGACCAGAGCUGCCCCUCCACCUGGAAUGCACCGCAGAACAUGCCGCCUACCUGGGAGCCUGCCAGUUAUGUCAGCUCCACACCUUACCUCUCGAGCACCCGAAGCUUGUCUCCAAUGUCUGGACUUUUUGGUUCCAUCUGGGCACCGCAGAGUGAUGCCUAUGAAAGCUGCUGCCCUGUCAGUGCCACGACCCAACACUCAACCCAUGUUGAGAACCAAGCUGUUAUGUGUAAGCAGGAAUACUAUCCGAGGUUUAACCCAUUCCGUGCCUACAUGAACUUGGACAUAUGGACUACAGCAGCAGCCAACCGAAAUCCAAAUUUCCCACUUUCGAGGGACUCGGGUUACUGUGGAAAUGUGUGAAAGGAAUUUGAUUUAAAAAUGUGAAUAAAGAUGCUUGCAAUUUUGA